UCGAUUAUGGCAGAGUUUGAUUAUUGUAUUCCUCCGGGCGUCUGUACAAAGACAAGCCUGAGAUCGAUCGCUCGACAAAAAUUAGAUACUUCGAUACUCGAUCGAAAGAGACCAUUUCACGUGCUUGAACGUAAUAAACGCGAGAUUAAUCUGCAGCCGUGUAGCCAACGUGUAUGAUACCGAGAAUUAAGUGUGUGCGCGCACGCGCAGUCAUAUGCCUGCAAAAAAAAAAAACUAAGUGGCAAGUAACGGAAGUACUAGACGACAAAGAGAGGACAUCUUGGAGCAGUAAAAUAUCUUAGGUUGGCGAAGCGUUCUGCCGGUGGGCAACAAUCAGGAUAAAGGGCUGCAUUUGAUCGUUUAUGGCUUUCUCUUUCUCUCCGACGGGGCGGUUCGCGUUGCAAAGUGCAGCGAUGUCGGUUUUGCGUCGGCGCGGUUCCCGUGCUGGCAACGUUGCCGGUUCUCCGUGACGAGGGCCUACCACGAGGAGAAGCGAGAGUCGGUCGUGCUCAGAUCUCACAGUUAGUUUUUGUCUUUGGUACGCGACGGACGACGCUGGUCGUGUCGCGAUGCACGAGUGUGUCAUGUGACACGCGGAAUAAGAGUAACUCUGGUCGCUGUGACAUACGAUUGACAGGACCUAAGAAAGAUAGAAGUAACACACAACGACGACAAAGAAAGGGAUAGAAACGGAGGUGUGCGUGUGUGUAUGGAUGCAUGGGUAGAGCUCGUUUGUAUAUGAUAUCCAUUCACAUGCGUAUCUGUGCGCGCGAGUGCCUGUGUACGUCGACGUCGUCGUUGUCGUUGUCGUUGUCGUUGUGUUGUCAUAUCGGUGGCAAAUUUUCCCUUCCCGUCCAAUUUUCGGAACUCUGUAUCAGUCGUUCCAUUAGAACGCACACAAUUAUGUUACCGGCUCGACGCGGCAAUAGCAGCAAUACCACUGCCGCCAUCGACAAAUCCAGUAAUCUCAAUACGUCCGUAAGACACUGGGCAGGAUAUUUUGCGAACGGUUAAAACACCAUUGGGUUAACCCACCGUUGUCCACGGCCAAACACGUUCAAGUGCUUCGCGGGCUUUGUCCGUGAUUCUCGCUUCGUGAUAGGUCAUAGGAAUGAGGGAACGGGUUUUGGCGUGGAACUCGUGGUGGUGGUUAAUCAUUCUUCUCGUAGCGGUGCGAGUUGCGGAUACGCAGGAUCAUCGGGAGGUUCCGUCGUCAGGGUCUGCGAAGUUGUUGGAUCUAGAAUGUGCCACGGGUUGCGAGUGCGUGGACAAUGGACAGAGUCUAUUCUGCGAGGAACGAACUUUCCUCGGGCUUGGCUUACCGAGACAGGUCACGAACGUCGUGUUGAGACACGUCGGUGCCGCUACUAUACCAGUCGCAGCCCUCGAGGAUUCCGUUCAUCUGAAGAGCCUCGCCUGGACGUCGAGCGGAAUACAACGCGUCGAGUCGGGCGUGUUUCGCGCGACAACGUUCCUCGAGCAUUUAAACUUAGGUGACAAUAGGCUGGCGGAAUUGCCGUCGGACGUCUUCCAUCCGUUGCACCAACUUCAGUACCUGAAUCUCACCGGGAACCGGCUGAGCAUACUCCCACGAGUGUUGUUCCAAGGUUUGGAUCGUCUCGAGGACAUCGGUUUGUCGCAAAAUCGACUGUCGGUACUUCCCUAUCAAGCGUUCGCCUCGUCCAAAGCACUGACCCGCUUGGACCUGUCCCGUAAUCUGUUGGUGUCUCUGCCGGAUCACAGUUUCAGGCCCAACAGGCACCUACAAAAGCUCGGAUUGUCCGGCAACAGGCUCACCAAACUUCCGUCUCGUUUGUUCUCCGGGCUGACUCAGCUGAAGAUCUUGGAGCUGGCGAACAACGAGAUCGACAUGAUACCGCGUGGCCUCUUCGGCGAUCUCGCGUCCCUGCAGCAGCUCGACAUCUCCGGGAACCCGAUCACCCAUCUGUCCAGCGCCACGUUUCAGAGCCUGUCGAAUUUACGGCUGCUCAACUUGAGGUUUCUACCGAUCACGGUGCUUCCGCAAGAUAUCUGGCGCCCGGUCAAGAACCUACGCGCACUGUUGCUGUCCGGCGCGAAGCUGGAGAUCCUUCGCAACGAGGACCUGAAAGGAUUAGGGGAACUGGAAACGCUGGAGAUCAACCAAAGCCCGUUACGCGAGAUCUCGCGACGCGCUCUCGAUCACACGCCGGCCCUACGCAAGAUCGAUCUACGCGACAGCAAUCUGACCUUCCUACCGGCGAACGUCGCGCAGCUGUCGUUUUUGACCGAGCUGCAGCUGCAAGGGAACCCAUGGGCGUGCGACUGUCGCAUGUUUUGGUUCGUGAAAUGGGCCGAGAGCAAGGCGCACCUACGGACCGCUUUCCAGAGCGGGUUCAGGUGCGGCGACGAGAUCGACGGGUCGGCAGAUAUCCUUCAAACUCUUCGUUACUUGAACUGCACCCCGCCGUUUUUGGUAUACGCCACGCCCGUUCAACAGUAUCUCUUGUUGAACUCCGUGCUCCUCGAGUGCGAGUUCAAUGGCAAUCCCACGCCAUCCUUGACAUGGGUCACGCCGACUCUCCAGGUACUGCACUGGAAUCCCGAUCCAGCUUUUCCCGACGCUUUUGUCGAACAUCCUUCUGUACACGGAUGGGAACAGAGUGUACCGUUCGUUGACGAUGGUCGUAUACGAAUCCUCGAGAAUGGAUCAUUGUACAUAACGACGAUGCUCAGGCAGGAUGUUGGACUGUACAAGUGUUUCGCGGUGAACCCGAUUUCCAAUGCCACUACCUAUAUUAGUUUGCAGAUGAAUCCGAUAACGUUACACAGAAUCCAGAUAUUCAGCAUCCUGGUAGGCGCGGCGAGCGCCACGAUCUUUCUUCUCUUAACGUUAUUCUUGCAACUGCUUCGUUAUCUGUUGAUGAAGUGCGGCUGUUUGAACUGGUGUUCGUGCUGCAGACGCGUCGGUUCUACUCCCCGCGCCAAACAAAUUUAUCAAAUGCUGGAUAGCAUUGAGCAAUACAAGAGUCAACAACUGGAGAAGUUACGUGAAAAUUACACCCAGCAAGUGCACAGGAUAAAAGAGAAUUGCGCUCAGCAAGUGGAAUGGAUUCGUGACAAUUACGAAGGUCAAAUGAGGCACAUAAGGGAUAUAAGAGACUACGGAACGAGUCAUCUGACGGCGCUCAGAGAUCAGUAUUACGAUCAGGUGAGAAAAGCACGGGACUACUCGACCGGCCAGCUAAACUGGGUACGAGAAAACUAUGUCUUCCAGCGUAACAAGAUAAGAAAGUUCAGCGCUCAUCAGGUAUUGCGUCUACGCGAGAGCUACAAGUACCAACAGCAGACAUUGAACAAAGUGCUGGAGAAUUUGCCGAGCUUCUAUUUCGACAACUGUCGAAGCGGUUCGUGCGGCAAAAGCGACUCGAUGGUGUUCCAUCCGAAAGAGGAUGACUCUAUCCGCGUGGACAUGUACUUCAAGACGAAGAUCAGUGAUCUGACUAACGGUAUGAGCUUCGAAGAUCUGAACAGCGAGUACUACACGCCAACGGAACUCUCGUCGACCAGUCCUCACGGCGCUGUGAACGUCCUGGAGGGAAUACAUAUAAAUUACAUCGAGGACAGUAGCCCACCGCCACGAUUAGACCUAAUGUCGAACGGAGCGAUUCCCCACCAGAUCAUGCUGCACAGUAUCGAGGAAGACGGCAGCUCGUCGUCGGUUUACAAAGACGCGGAUCAUACCAAGUCGGUCUUCAGAGGCUACAGUACCGAUAUCUUAGCCAAAGAGCCUACAGAGGCGGAAGUUCUCGGUCUCUUUGUACCCAGCACCAGUUUACCCGACCUACCGCACGAAACCAAACUCUAAACAACUCGGAACAAGUGUUUAAGGGUACUAACCUCUCUUUAUAGGAGCAGGAUUACAAUUAAGACGAGAAUGUACUGCCACUGACUGGAUCAUUAUGUGAGAAAAAUAUACAUAGAAGUGCCUCUACACCGGUAAGUGAGGAUGUAUUCGCGAAGAUAAAACGGUGGUACCUUUUUCUCGUGGGACUAUUUCAAACGACGUUGUUUGUUUGUUUUUUUUUUUUUACGAUUAUCGAGAGAAUAUAUACCUCUGAACAUGACGAAACAAUAUUGCCUAUGAGUACCAAAGGGACAGGACACGCUUUUGAACCGAUGUCGAUGAAGCGGUCGAUCGAGGGUGCGUGGGUGUUGUUUUAGAAAAAUUAGAAAAAAAAAAAAAAAAUUGCGGACAGCUUCCAAGGACUCUUCCGUGAUCCGAUCAUCGACCUUGCAAACUGUCCGCUCCCGCACAUCGUGCAUGCGUAUCGUUAUCUUCGUUAUCAUGUAUCGUUGGCAUCGACGAUAACGAUCGACGAUCUCUAAACAAAAGCAUUAGAACGAAUCGUAAAACGUCAUGGUGUUACUGCCAAAUUUGCCGUUAAAGUCAACCCCGGUGAAACUAACUAGCCGAAAGGCAGAAAAAGAAUGCCGACGCGGAUAUAUUUAACGAUUUCAGUAAUAAUUUUCACCCUGCUGGUCAAUUUCACGGAAAGUGAACGAUUUCGAAGGUUAUCGAUCGACUCGCUUCUCUUUUUUGCUGUAAAUAACUGUGAGUGUUAACUGUAGCAGUUAGUAGGCGUGUGAUCAUAUUAUUUAAACGAAAGACUGAACCGCGAUCGGCAAACGCGUCGUUGACGAUUAUCCGAUUAAACGAUACUCGAUGAUAAAAAACCUACACGGUAACUUGUUGUUCCGUUUAGACUCUGCUCUUCUCUCUUUCUUUUAAUCUUAACAUUUCGAUAGAUCAAAGUACUGACAUCCGGUUAGGCGUAACCUCUUACUUUUUCCUCCCCUCCCCCCCCGACAUCUGGAUGUCUCGUCGCUAUUUUAGCCUGUUUCCUAAUCAGAAAUAUACAACUUGUUCGAACAAUACAAGUAUACAAUUAUUUAAAAAAAAAAGGCACAAUUCUGUCGAGAAAGGGAAGAACGUACUUAACCAUCUUAACACCGUCAUACCUAAACAACGUCCGCUCCGAACUGGUCACUCGCAACAUUUUAUAAAGGAAUUUUAAACAUUUUCAUCGCACGAUACUAUGCGCGUUUUCUUACGAUUACUCAACCGGUACAAAAGAUUUUGCAAUAGAUUUUCACUGUUCUCCUUUUAGAUACGAGCUCCGUUUGCCGCGUCUUCCUACAUUAAUUUCAAAUUGAUUUUUUUAAUUAGAUUUUCCAUCGUGCACGAAACGCUGUAAUUGAUAUUUUAUUUUUAUUUUAUGCGUGACGCAUUUUAUAAAGAAUAUCCUCUGCUCGGAAAUUCUCACUGCUUGUGACGUUAAAGGAAGUUUGAAACGACUAUCUAAAGGAUUGAAAACUCAAUCGAUUAAUAGGACUGGCGGACAGACGUCAAUUUACAGGCGUUAAACAGAAGAAUAUUCUAAUCACGAUAAUCGCCAUCGCGAAGGUACGAUAAUAAGAGUGCAAUUUGCCAUUGCACAGUUCAGACGGCCUAAAUGGACUCUGGACGAUUUCCUUUUUCCCUUAUGUACUUUUACACCAAUGCCGAUUGCGCGUUAAAAUCACGGAGUUGUGUAACUUCCAGAAGAUUUAAAUAAUUCCAAUUAUAGAGGACAAAACCCCGGAGAGAACAAAAAUUCUUCGUCGUGGCAACGUUCAAACGAGUUGUUUCUUAGAUUAAAUGCACGGUCAGCGUGAAAUUACGGAUCUCGACUCGGCCACAUUUCAUAACAUUUCGUUUGAUAAUAGCUGAACUCGUACAGAUAAUUUGUAAACUUUCGCCCGGCCAGAGAACAGUCUUGUGGAUUUUACAUUAUCUGUCCCAAUCUUACGGUGUUUUAUCUCUGCGAUUAAAGUAAACAAAAAUAAGACAAGUAACUAUUUUUUGAUUGGAAAUGAUUAUACUUUACUGUAAUCGUAUGCGACUACAUCGCGUGCGAACACCAUGAUUGAACGAGAUACAAAAUAUAAUAUAAACAUUAACGAAAGGUAUAUAGUUAUUUUCAAGUAUAACCGGUUCAAUUAUAUAGACACGAUUAACAUACUGCCGAAGAUGCAAGGAAGUUGUUUAUGCAAAACGUUGUUUGAUUUUAUCAUUAGUCGCCAAGAUUCGAAGGUUACUUUGAUUAUUUUUUCUAUCUUGAUGGAAUCAUAUAUCUUCGUUAAAUUUAUCUUAUAGUGCGUUACAGGAUGAAUUCUAUGAACCGAAUAACACGAACCCCUUCGCGAGAUAUUGUUACGGAUAGAUUUACCACAGUUUUCAGCGUAGAACAGUGACUCUCAAUCGUGAUAUCGCAGCAUAUCAGAGACGAGCAAAAUUAUAUUCAAAAGAAGAAAAGAUAACGAAAAACCAAUAUAUAACGAUCUGUUUACUUGUUCGAUGCAAAACGAAUAACGGAUAACAAGUUAUUUAUCUUCUGUUCGUUAUUCGAAAUUUGUAUCUAGAUAGAAAUUAUAUCCAUCUCUGUAACAUGCUGAUCCACCGCGCUAUAGAUCGAUCUCUGAAGCGGCAGAUAAGAACCACUGUAUUCCGCUGAAAGCAGAGAUCAUUUAGCACGUUGAAUUCUCCUUAGAACGCAUGAUAAAAUGGUGGAAUAUAAAUAUAUAAUCUUCGAUGAUACUAAUUCGUAUGAGAUAUUUAAUUGAUAAGGAAAAGCAUAACUGGAAAUGCAUUGUUGAAUUUACACGAUAUAUAAUCUAACCAUAGAUUUUUGUAUAAUAUGUAGUUCCAUUAUAAAAUAUAUAAACGAUAUUUCGCAAUCAGCGAUUGGAAAAAAAUAUUCGAUCGCGAUAUCAGAUUUUUCCUUUCAGAACCAAACAUUUUCUAUAUAAACAACUUUCUAAUGUCUUCGAUGAACAUCAUAAGAAGGAAAGAACAAUUUAAUGUGUGCAUCUACGUUUCUCGAAUCCGCGAAACUUUGAAUUUUCAUGUAAUAUAUCGAAACGCGCGAGAGAGUUCCUGGGUUCCUUCCUUUCCCCAUAUUUUUCUUUCGUUCCCCUCCGUUCUCUGCUCUAUCCCCUCUCGUAGCUCCUUCCCCCUCUCUCAACGUUACACGAUGUCGAACGGGCAAGAAAGCCAACUACUGCGAGUAGCCGCGCUGACGUUAUUUUUGGAACGCUUCGACGCUUUCGAAGAGAUAACGUUUUAUCAUCCCUUGAAAAUCCGGGGGUCGGCGAAUCGCGGGAAAGCUCGCGAGCCAGCCUCUCGAUAAAAAAAAAAAAGACCCGCCAUUGACAUCCGAUGGUACCGUAAAACUCAUUCAAUCUCGUGUAACGUAACUGUUAGAAAUAGUAGACGAUGUGUACACGACGAUUGGCGGCAAAUUGUAAAUCUUAGCAAACGGUUAGCGGAGUAGCGCUUCGCACGAUCCGAACUUAUCGAUUGUAAUCCAUUCUCGCGUAUAUACCUUGCGGUUAUGCGAUGCACGCGCGCCAUUUUAAUCGAUAUGGUACUCGAUGUUGAAGCGAAUACAAGUUUUAUCCUUUCACGAGGCAUCACGGCAACCGAUACUUGGAAAUUUCAUUCACCAAUCAUCGAUAUCUUUGGGCAAUUCGUUGUCUAGAAUAAUACGAUUAAAGAUUCUAUUCCAUCCAAUGCACAUAUUAACUUGAGACUAUGCUUUUCUAGUUCUUCGAGCCCAAAAUCUAUAGGUAUAAAAUCGGGUCCUUUUAUCACGAUCUCGAGAGUCUCUAGUCGCAUGAGAUUACUUGGGUAUACGAAACAAAGACCAACUCGAACGUUAUAGUAUUUCGUAGUCCUUACGCUACUCAACUAUAGAGCUUAUUUUAAAUUUCAAUGUAAAGAAUAUAAUUGAAAGCGUAAAAAUGUUAAAAUAAAUGCUUCGCAAAAUAACUGGCCAUCGAGUGGUGUGACUUCGAGAGUAGUAAAUAUAAAAGUCAGCUUUGCAUGGCAAAUGGAGUAAUUUUUGAAAAUAAAUACAUCUAUCCUACGAAAAUAGGUCAGCGUUAGGGACAUUAGCUGUUUGUUUACGUCCGAGGCGAUGAGACAUACGCGCAACACUCGGUUUUAGGAUAGAUGUAUCCCGGGGGACUUUUAUUUCCGAAAUUUAUUCCUCUGUUGAAUUUUGCUAAAAAAAAAUUAAAGCUGUUAUACCGUGUUCCUCUCGAAAUUGUACAACUAUCUCUAACAAAUCACGCUAAUUUAUAGUUUGUGAAAAAGUUUAUCGAGACACUGCGUGUACCCGAGGAAUCCUGUGCGAUCAGAAACGUUCGGACCCCGACCCGACCUUAUCCACAAUUUUCGAUAUUUACGUUUCCGGACAAAUUUAUUUUUAAUAAAAUAUUAACUCUAUUAUGCGAGCAAUUUUCGACCGACGUUGAAAAUUGAGAAACGAAAGAAAUCACUAACGCUCAAUAUUACCGAUUUUAAUUAACUCCCGUUCGUCGACGAAAGAAAAUGUAUUGUUAAUCCGUAAUUACUGUGCACAACAUUUUUUUUAACGUUUAUACUACGCGAGGGUUCUGAGGAUCCACUGGAAAAAUAUUAAAAAAAAAAUAUUUGCCAACGAGAAAAUAUAUAAAAUUGUAGCGCGUGCGCUUUGCUGAUAUUGAAAUACCGGAAAUAAAUAUGCACCGUGCCCCUAGGAGUCUUGCGUAGUACUUAUGGUUUAAGCGAGCAACGUGAAAUUUUCGUCAACUUUCUCGUCACAUAUAUUGUCGUGAAAUGUCGCUUGUUAUCUUCGAGUAAUUAUCUCGUUAAAAGUAUGAAACCGCAAUUCGUGUAAAUGUACGAUAUAUCAAUAUAUUCGACUAAACAUCGAUCGUAGAUACCAUCCAAAAGGGAAUACAGAAAGAAGUAUUUGUACGGAGACUUUUACGAGCCCGAAAGGUUCGCUAAAGCAACGGGAUACGAUAAAGGAUGACUUAAUUGCAUGCUUUUAAAGAUUAACCAAAUAAGAUCGUAUUAGGCAUCCGCUAAACCGUUCUUGUAAACAUUUGUUCAUCGAUAAUGCUGUACGUGGAUGAUGCGUUGUUCUAAAUGGUUCUCAAAACUAAUUAUGGGAUUAAAUGUUGCCGUUGAACAGUCAUUGCUGCUCUUACGUAUAUAAAUUAGAUGGCAACAGACGUACUUUAUCAGAAAAUCACUCGUCAAAAGCAGGGCUGUGGAGUAAAUACCAUGAACGCAUUCCUGAUGGAAGAUACCAUACACGCUGUAUUAGCGCAACGAAAGAUAGUGCAAAUCCGCGCGUGUGCACUAUGUUUCGUUACAUUAGAUUGUUCCAAUUGCAUAAUCAUUCGCCGAUACCCUCAAGUUCCUCUAAACAAAAAAAAACACGACUUUCCGCGGUGUUUUGAUUGCUUUCGUGGUAGCUGACAUUAUUCCACAUUCUUUUCAAAGUCUCGUAGGGACGAAUACAUGUUGCAGACGCAAACAAGAAUUUAUAAAGCUACGUUUACUUGUGCAGAAAUACUGUUAGUACUUUUAAAGAAAAUUAAAAUAUUUUAUUCGAAUCACGGAUAUUCUGGCUACGAAGUAGAAGAUAAAAUGUCCUGAAACUUCCAACGGGCACGUAUCUAGCUUUCCAUCGCGUAAAAUGUUCAGUCGGGGCAGCGAGUUAUUGAAUUGUUUUACAAUUAAAACACCUCCUGUCCCCGUAGUACUUUUCACUCCUUGUCCGACAAAUGAUUUAUUUUUUUUCUUUCAUUAUCAUCCUAACGUUUGUGUUAAAUUAUAAUUUCAAACAGAUUGUUUUUAAAACAUGCUCAAUU